AUGACGGGAAGUCUUGAAGCAAAUGCUCUUUCUCUAUUCCAAUUUCCCAGAGGAGAUGACUGGAAUCCGGCAAUCACCCUGUCGGACAUUCUGCUUCGUGGCGGCGGGCAAACUGCUCUUGAUUCCGUCCUCGCAGACAAUGGUGGCUUUAGCUCUGCUGAUGGUCUAAUGCCAUUAGGCUCCUCUAUCUACUUUUGCCAAAGAGAUUGGCUAAAGCAACCAGAAAGAGAGAGCAUAAACCAGCUCUUGCCUCACAAUUAUCCCUCUUUUUGUGCCAACAUAAGCACUAACUCCAAUUCCACAAGUGGAUGCAUUUGUCCUGGUAUUAGCACUAGUUCUUUAUACCAGAGAAGAUCUCCUUCUAGUGAGAAUAGUGUUAGAGUUAGCAGUCCUAGUUGUAAAACAAGGAAGGUGUAUAGAGGGGUGAGGCAGAGACAGUGGGGGAAGUGGGUGGCGGAAAUUCGACUGCCACAGAGGCGAAUGAGAGUGUGGCUCGGGACGUUCUUGACUGCAGAGGAAGCGGCGAGGGCAUAUGACAGAGCGGCUUAUAAAUUGAGGGGGGAGUAUGCGAAGCUGAAUUUCCCAAUGAGCAGGGAGAAAGGUGGGAGGGGGAUGAGAGAGGUGGAGGCGGCAGUGGAUGCAAAACUGCAGGCGGUUUGGAGGCGGGUAGGGAAAGGGAGGGGAGAAGAGAAAGAGAGAGGGGUCACUGGGGACGAUGAGUUGGGUUGUAGGGAGAGUGGUAUGGGCUCUGGGGAUGGACUCUCUGAGGAGGGGUAUGGAUGUUCUUCUUCACCAUGGGAGGGGGACAUGGAGGAUGAUUGUUUUCUUGCAAAGAUGCCUUCUCUAGAGCAAGAGUUGAUAUGGGAGGUGUUGGCUGCCUAG